AUGAAAGUGCAUCCAGCCUUUUUGUAUCUGAAGAAGGCCUUAUUACCUUGCCCUUUAAUUGCAAUGGCCGCACGCGACCUUAGUCGGGCAAUGACCGCACCCGUGCGCGCCACUCCCAUAGCGCAUGGAGACGAAGACGGUGUGCUAAGUCUGGACGUUGACGAUGAAAGCAGCAUGCCAACCCUCAAGCAGACGCAGUCAUAUCACCGCGCCAGUGCAGCUAAUUUCAAAAACCUGCCUCCGCAACCGAGAAAGGACUAUCGAAGAGUAAUCAUAUCUCACGGAGAACUCUCCGACCUCGAUAUCGAGUCGUGCCGAAAGAUACGACGUGCCAUCGACCUACGCGAGCAAUGGCUUUACUUUCGGGAACAGCCCGAAUGGCUAGACUACGACAAGCCUCGUCCCUCCAAAUAUAGCGUCUUUAACCCCCCGCCCUACGACCCGUUUGAUUCAGAGUUGAAGCCAGCUUCUGACCAUGUAUAUCAAUGGAGAUUGGGUGUCGUGAGUGUAUAUGCGGACAGGCAGAGCGUUAUGGGGAGGCAAGCCCAAUUUCAAGGCGCACGGUUGGAGGACUUUGCCAUGGAUUUGGUGGAGCUCAUGAAGAUUAUGAACGACCCUGAGUGCCGAUCGUUUUGCCAUCGACGAAUCAUGUUGUUGCUGGAGAGGUUUAAUAUGUAUCGCAUUCUUAAUGAUCAGCAGGAGAGGUUGGCUCAAAUUGCUGUUCCCCACAGGGAUCUGUACAAUGUUCAAAAGGUAGACGUCCAUGUCCACCAUUCUUCAAUGGCAAACCAGAAGCAGUUCUUGCGGUUUAUCAAGCGAAAGGUGAAAACAUGUGGAGAUGAAAAGGUCCUAGAAAACAGGGAAGACCUCACGAAAGAACCACUUACUCUGCACGAAGUCUUUAAGUCACUCAAUUUAACUCCACAUGAGUUGAGUGUGGAUACAUUGGAUGUCCAUGCAGACAAUAGCACGUUUCAUCGGUUCGAUCGUUUCAAUCUGAAAUACAAUCCAUUCGGACAGUCUCGACUGCGCGAGAUUUUCAUGAAGACCGAUAACUUCAUCAAGGGUAAGUAUUUGGCCGAACUAACACAUGAAGUGUUUAAUGAGCUACAGGAGACAAAGUACCAAAACAGUGAAUAUCGUAUUAGUAUAUACGGGAGAGAUUCAGAGGAAUGGGACAAGCUUGGCGUUUGGUUUGAAGACCACAAGCUGUACAGCGAUAAUGUCAGAUGGUUGAUCCAAAUACCUCGUCUGUAUAGUACGUACAAGGAGCAAGGCAUGGUGAACUCGUUCCAAGAUAUGCUUGACAACAUUUUCAACCCCAUUUUCGAGGCCACUGUCGACCCGUCGUCACAUCCACAAGUAGCGCGAUUUUUGCAGCAAAUGGUUGGAUUUGACUCGGUCGAUGACGAAAGCCUGCCUCAGGUGCGAACUAAUUUGAGCAAAUGUGGGCCCCCGGAAGCAUGGGUUGGUCCUGACAACCCCCCAUAUAGUUACUACUCGUUCUAUAUCUAUAGCAAUCUGGCUGUGCUGAACCAGCUUCGCGAAUCAAGGGGUAUGAAUACAUUUUCAUAUCGACCACACGCAGGGGAAGCUGGGGAUAUCGAGCAUCUGGCUACGUCAUUCCUACUUGCACAUGGCAUUAACCAUGGGCUCAAGUUGAAGAAGAGUCCAGUUCUGCAAUACCUAUUCUACUUAACUCAAGUCGGCAUAGCGAUGAGCCCACUGAGUAACAAUGCAUUAUUUUGCGAGUACACAAAGAAUCCACUGCCAUCGUUCUUCCGAUGUGGACUGAACGUUGCACUCUCAACGGACGACCCAUUGCAAUUCGCUUUCACUCGCGAGCCUUUGGUGGAAGAAUACUCGGUGGCAGCUCAAGUAUGGAAAUUGUCCUCCACAGAUCUAUGCGAGUUGGCGCGGAAUUCUGUUUUGCAAUCCGGGUUUGAACCGUGUAUCAAGGCCAGCUGGCUUGGGGAGUCGUGGUACAAAGCCGGGGUUGACGGGAACGAUAUUUCUAAAACCAAUGUGCCAUCGAUUCGGAUAUGCUACCGACACGAGACACUUGUCGAUGAACUACAGAUGGUGUACGCUGGAGUUGUUCCCGAUAACAUCCAAUCCCUGCCAACGUUUCAGUAUCGAGGCACGGAUGACGGAAAGGCACUGAACGGAACUUCGGCCUCGUUUGCUGUACUGACGAUGCUCUCCGAUACCGAAAGUGAUUAGCAACGAAGCAGCAGACACGUGGGCACGGUGAGAAUAUGGUGGAGACACCGUACAGACAGGUCGUGGCGGAACGAAAAUAGAUGAAUAAGUGUUCAUUAUGUGAAACGUCGGUGUUGCUUUGCGUGGCGUCUAUGUUGAUAAGUAUGCCAUGGAUGUUGGGCAUGUAGUAUAGUGUUGUACUGCAGACUGAACCUUAAGAGCAGAAACAAAGAGAGGGCGUGGAUGAGCAGAUUGUAGUCGGUGGGGAAUGGGUACGUGUCGUUGUCGCAGAUGAAUCGUGAGCGGGAGUGGCACGUACUGUACCACGUGAAAAACAGAAGGGCAAUACAGUAAACUGGUGCGCUGUACAGCGCACCUCGACGCCCA